CUUACUACUCACCAUCUCUCGUCAUCGUCGGAUCACAGUGACUCGCUGCUGGCUUUGGACUGUGUCGUUCCGACCAGAGGAUCUCUGUCUCUGUGACUUACACUAAGAUGGAGGAAGGCACUUCUUCUGGUUCACGGAGGACACGGUCCCAAGUUGCUCCGGAAUGGACACUCAAAGACUGUCUGAUCCUCGUCAACGAGAUCGCUGCCGUUGAAUCAGACUGUUCCAAUGCGUUAUCCAGCUUCCAGAAAUGGACAAUGAUCUCAGACAACUGUAACGCAUUGGAUGUACACAGAACGUUUAACCAGUGCAGGAGGAAAUGGGAUUCUUUGGUCUCUGAUUACAGCCAGAUCAAGAAGUGGGAGUCUCAGGAACGAGGCAGUGUCCAUUCGUAUUGGUCACUGAGUGUUGAGAAGAGGAGGAAACUGAAUCUCCCGGGGAAUGUAGAUAACGAGCUUUUCCAAGCCAUCAAUGCGGUUGUGAUGAUCCAAGAGAACAAAGAUGGGAGUGAACCUGAUUCUGAUAGUGACCCAGAUGCUCAAGAAGACUUUGACGUUGUUGAUGUCACUGCUGAGUUAGCUUUUGCAGGAUCAAAAAGGUCAAGACAACGAACUAUGGUCGUCAUGAAGGAGAACCCGCCACAUAAGAGAAAGACAGAAGAGGAGCCACGGAGGAAAAACAUUCAAGAGCAACGUGCAAAAGCAACCCAUCAGAAGAAGAAAACCAUGGAAGUGAAGAAGAAGCCGGUGGUAGAAAUCUCCACUGAUGAAGAAGAAGAAGAAGCGAUGAGCAUAGAAGAAGAGGUUAAAGCGUUGGAAGCGAAGCUAGGUGAGAAAACUGACAUAAUACAUGCAAUAGUCGGGAGAAAUCUAGCAAAGGGAAGUGAAACAGAGGAUGGUGUUGGCAUUGAGGACAAGUUAAAGUUUGUGAGACAGCAAGGAGACGAGCUCAUCGCUUGUCUGAGUGAGAUUGCUAACACACUUGAUAGGCUCCGUGAAGUUCCACAAGAAAUCUGAGUGGUGAUUUUCCAAGCUGAUUAACUUUCAGAUGUAAAUGUUUGGAGUUAUCUAGUUGUGUAGUGUUUCGUAAGAGACUAGCUGCAUGUAUGUGUGUACUGUAUAUGUAUUUUUUCAAAAAUUAAGAAGUUAAAAAAACUUUGACUU